ACAAUCUGUUGUGAUUGCGCAUAGAAAAAUAUGCGGGUGCGGAGGGAUAGGGAUAGGGAAAAUGUGGAAUAUUCAUUUGGCAGAUGGACAGGUCCAUGGAGUCCACGGCUCCGGAGCUUCCACAGCUUCCACCCGCCUGGCCUUAAUCACAGUCACGAGUCGAGUCGCCCGGUUUGGCAGAGACAAUCAUUUGUUAUUUGAUUUGCACAUCAGCCGGAUGUGGACGCGGAUACCCAAGCAGCCGGACAGCCGGACAGCCAGGAUGGCUGGCAGUCAGUCAGCCAGGAUGUCAGGACAUCGGGAAGCCAGGGGGCCGCAGCAGCAGCGCACCGAACAGUCGGAGAUCCUCGGCACAAACAUCGCAAUUUCCCGGCGCCACUCGAUGGACGGACAUCAACGGACAUCGACGGACACCGUUGAUUGUUGGUGCUGUCCAUUUUCGGCGACUCGCAAUUUAAAGGCCGUGUCGCCUGGCCCGCAGAUACACACUCAGAUGCAGAUACCCGUGGCGUUGACGGAAUGGAUUGCCGCCGCUCGACUGGAGAGGCACCAGAUGCCAUCGAUGCGCCGACGAGGUGCUGAUGAGCCGCGGCUAGAGUCAACUAAAGUCGCAUUUGAUUGAGUUUCUGCAGCAGUGCGAUUCUUGGCGCUACAAAAGCCCAAGGACGGGGCUUGUCAGGGAGCUGUAAUCGGAUUCUGAG